AUGGCUGCCUUGGACGUUGAGGCUCUGCUUGACGCCACUGCCAAAAACGCGGAGGACAAGAAGCCGAAGCCCUCCGAGGAAGAGGACCGCCCCAAGUCAUCAAGAUCCGACAGGUCUGACCGCCGAGGCCGCGAUCGCGACGAAUCCCAUGAAAGGGAUAGGGAAUACUACGAUCGGAAGCGACGCGAGCGCCGAGAGCGUAGUUCGACGCGCAGCCGUCGAGACUCGCCCACGGGAAGCACCUACAAGGAAGGGACCCCCCGCAGCGAAACCGGCAGCCACAAGAGCAGCAGGCGUAGGAGCCGAAGCCGCGACGACGACCACCGACGCUCGCGUCGCCACCGGGGAGGAGACGGAGACUAUUAUCGUCGAGGCGGUAGGUCGCGUUCCCGGUCCCGCUCGCCGGGCGGCCGGCAUCAUCGUAGGGGGGAGUACAGGGACCGCCGAGAUCGAGACCGUUCGGACCGCUACUCGGGCGACCACCGCCACCGCGGCGGCCGGGAUGAUGAUCGUCGUGAUGUUCGAAAGCGUGAGGCCACACCUCAACUUAAUGAAGAUGAGCGAGAUCGCCGCACUGUCUUUGUCCAGCAGCUUGCAGCCCGCCUGCGUACCCGCGAAUUGAAGGAGUUUUUCGAAAAGGUUGGCGCCGUCACCGAGGCCCAGAUUGUCAAGGACCGUAUCAGUCAGCGAUCCAAGGGUGUGGGCUAUGUCGAAUUCAAGGAUGAAGCGUCGGUUACCCAAGCCCUACAGCUCACCGGUCAGAAACUACUAGGUAUUCCCAUCAUCGUUCAACUCACCGAAGCGGAGAAGAACCGCCAGGUGCGCAGCACGGAAGGCACUAAUGGGCACCCCAACUCCAUUCCCUUCCACCGCCUCUACGUUGGAAACAUCCACUUCAAUGUCACCGAACAGGACUUACAAGCUGUCUUUGAGCCCUUCGGUGAACUUGAAUUUGUGCAACUCCAGAAGGAUGAGCACGGUCGUAGCAGAGGCUAUGGUUUUGUCCAGUUCCGUGAUGCUACCCAGGCCAGAGAGGCCUUGGAGAAGAUGAAUGGAUUUGACCUAGCCGGUCGAGCAAUCCGUGUUGGUCUAGGAAACGAUAAGUUUACCCCCGAGAGUACUGCCAAUCUACUGCAGAGGUUUUCUGGCCAGAACUCGUCUUAUCAAGGUUCCUCAUUCUCCGGUGCUGGCGGUCGCAACCAGCAAAACUCCACCUUCGACCGAGCCGGUGGUAGAGACAACGACAAGGCAGGUGGUGCAAGUGCUCUUGAUGAUACCGAUGUAGCUGGUGUCAACUUUAACAACUACAGCCGCGAUGCAUUGAUGAGGAAACUUGCUAGAACAGAUGAAGCUUCCACCGUUGCGGAGGAGCGUCAGAUCCUGAAACCUAAGACGGAGGUUAAGCCCCUCCCUGUCAACGUUAACAUGGCUAGUCGCUGUGUAGUGUUGCACAAUAUGUUUGAUCCCGACGAGGAGGAGGGUGACUCCUGGGUUAAAGAACUAGAGGACGACGUUCGACAGGAAGCCGAGAAGAAAUACGGUCAUGUUGUACACAUUUCCGUCGACCCCAACUCCAAGGGAGAUAUUUAUCUCAAGUUCGACAAGGUCCAGGGCGGCGAAAACGCUAUCAAGGGCCUCAACGGCAGAUAUUUCGGUGGCAGGAUGAUCGACGCGUCGCCUGUUGUAGACGCCGUCUACAGCAGUUUGUUCUCACGCACCCGAGCCAUCUGA